AUGGUACAACAAGGAAAAGGCAGUAGUAUCGAGUCAAAAGUUCAAAAUGUUACCCCAACGCUACCACACCUUGUCGACCUUAGCGCUAAAUGCACAUUAAUUAAACAAUUAACUUCGGAAAUAUUACAAAAAGCAGAAAAAAAUCAAAAUUUUUCGUCGGAUCCAUCAACUGAUGGAAUAAAAUCACAACUUGCCAGUUCAUUUAUACAACUUAGAUCACUUAAUCGUAAGUCUAAUUUAGAAAAGAAUUCGGGCAAGUUUGCUACGCAGGAAGCGAAAUUGGCUAUGGAUAAAAUUCAUCUACAAUUGCAAGAUCUCAAUUAUAUGAAAAACUAUCUUCAAAGAGAGAUUCGCAAAUGUCGAUCAUUUAGAUCCAUAUAUCAAAAGGUUCCUCUUUUGUCAGAAGAGGAAUUUUUAAAAAAUGCGUCUGAUGAAUUAACGGCUCAAUUGCCCAAAGGAGCUACAAAAAGACAACAACAACAUCAUAGAAUGCUUCAACGAUUGAAUCAUGAGAAAGAAGAGCGUUUAAGGUUGCAAGAAGUUUUACAUAACAAGUUGAAAAGAAAGAUGGAAUUAGGAGAUAGUAACUUGGCCAAGAAAUCAAAGAUUGAACAAGUUCACAAAGAGUUUGAGACAUUUUUAAAGGAGGCAAUUCCUCUCAAGAAAUUAUUAGUUACGGAAGAGGCCGAGAUCAAAAUGGAGACUGAAUAA